AUGGUGGAUAUUAUUUUCAGAUCUUCUUUCUUGGGUGAUAUGGGGGAUCAUUCCAAAAAGAAGUCCGGAAUCGCAAUGUGCGUAGGCUGUGGAAGUCAGAUUCACGACCAGUACAUACUAAGGGUUUCCCCUGAUUUGGAGUGGCACGCCGCGUGCCUGAAGUGCGCGGAAUGCAGUCAGUACCUGGACGAAACCUGCACAUGCUUCGUCCGGGAUGGGAAGACUUACUGCAAGCGAGAUUACUCACGGCUGUUCGGGAUAAAAUGUUCCAAAUGUAACCUCGGGUUCAGCAGCAGCGAUCUCGUCAUGAGAGCUCGAGACAACGUCUAUCACAUCGAGUGUUUCAGGUGCUCGGUGUGCAGCCGGCAGCUCCUUCCGGGGGACGAGUUCUCACUGCGGGACGAGGAGCUGCUGUGUCGGGCUGAUCACAGCUUACUGAUGGAGCGGAGCUCCGACGGUAGUCCCAUCAGCCCCGGGCAUAUUCACUCCAACCGUUCACUCCACCUGGCAGCAGACCCAGUGACGGUACGGCAGACAACGCACCGCAAUCAUGUACACAAGCAGUCCGAGAAAACCACUCGGGUGCGGACUGUGCUGAACGAGAAACAGCUCCACACGCUACGGACCUGUUACAACGCGAACCCGAGACCGGACGCCCUAAUGAAGGAACAGUUGGUGGAAAUGACCGGUCUCAGCCCGAGGGUCAUACGAGUUUGGUUCCAGAACAAACGCUGUAAAGACAAGAAAAGAUCUAUUCUAAUGAAGCAGCUCCAGCAACAGCAACACAGCGACAAAACCAACCUCCAGGGACUCACGGGUACGCCUCUUGUGGCAGGCAGUCCAAUCAGACACGACAACACGGUGCAAGGUAACCCCGUGGAGGUGCACACCUACCAGCCCCCCUGGAAAGCCUUAAGCGAGUUCGCGCUGCAGAGCGACCUGGAUCAGCCCGCAUUUCAACAGCUGGUGUCUUUCUCUGAAUCUGGCUCUCUGGGAAACUCCUCUGGAAGCGAUGUCACCUCCCUGUCAUCGCAGUUACCUGACACGCCGAACAGCAUGGUGCCGAGUCCUGCCGAGACGUGA